UUUGUUUGUUUUGUUUUUACUCUCUCUUUAUUAUCACAGAUGUGGGGGGUGCUCUUAUCUUGUCUAACUCUUUUUCCUUGCACUGUCCUACCAACUUCUUCCCUUCUCCUCUUUCGUUCUCCCCACCACAUCAGUGAAAUCCAUUUUGCAAAUGAUUCUUUACAGCCACAGGGACGGGAAUGAAGGUGCUAUUUUUAGCCCUGACCAAGGGAGGAGAGAGAGUGAGGCGCACGAGAGAGGGCGAGCAAGCAAACAGGCAAGAGAGAAAGAGGGAGGGAGAGAGACGGGGGAGAAAAUCAUUAUUUUUGGUGUGUGUAGCAGCAGUUGGAGGGUUUGAGCUGAGGCAGGGAGCGGAGGCAGCAGCAGGCAAGAGGAGUCAAGACGAGAAGAGUGGAGGAAGAAGAGACCCACAGCAGCUCCAGGAAGCCGGAGAGACCCCGCUCAGUCAUGCGUCCCAGGUCCAGAUUACUGGCUAAACGUGGCCUUCCCACCAUCAGGGAGGGUUAUGAGGAGCUGGUGCAGGACCUGAACCAGACCAACAGCCAGCACACCACCACACAGGACUACUUCCUCUCCAUCUGUCAUCUGGCCCGGCCCACCUUCCCUCUGCAUGAGCCCGACUGUGACAUCCUUUCCAUCAGCCCUUUGGAUUCCCCAAAGCCCUGCCUACGACUACACCGACUGCAUCAGCAUCUGCAGACUUCACAGCUCCACACCUCCACAAGCAGUGACCAGACAGUUGAACAAGCCCAUAAAGAGAAAGAUUCCAUCAGAUCUGCUCCGUCAGAGCCUCUGCAGGCACAAGCCGCCCCAGAGGAGGACAACGGAUGCAGAGGUGACAUCCCAAGCCCUACAGAUCCGCUGGAGUACCUCUACAGCCACAGAGGUGCUCUAGCACUCUCCACCAGAAGGAGCAGUAUUCCUCCGCGCCGGCCACACAGCGACACCUUCCCAUGCUGUUCCUUUGCGCCUGACAUCCAGCGGAAAAGCAGCUGCCCAGAGCUUAGUCUGCCUGAGACGGUCCCUGUGGGGACGGUCCUGCAGCGGUCACCGCUCAGCAGGAAGAAGCUGGAUGAAGGCAGUUUGGCCUCACGUAGUGGCGUUCCCAACAAGUUUGAUGGCGCCCCUGCUGGCUGGAGGGGAAAGAGCAGUCGUUGCAUGGACAAACAGACCAUAGUGUCCCACUGGAUCUCAGAGUGCCGCAGCACAUGGAAGGAAGCCCGCAUUCGCGCAUGCAUGCUGCCCGCCAUUGCCGAGAAGUAAUGUACGCCUGCCAAAAUCUAUUUCUGGCGAGGUUGAAUAUCACAUAGAGUAAUGUGGAUUAUUGUGAAAUUAUUACUUUGCACUUCAGGUUUAUAUGCAUAUACAUUUUUGAUGUAUUUUUAAACUUGUGACCCUAUGAUGGUGAGAUGGUGCCGUGUUGAUAGCACACCAUAGUGUAGAGUUACAAUGAAUGUCAAUGAUGACUGAAUCAGUACAGUAAUGUGCAAUCGUAAUCAAUAAAUGCAUUGAUGUUGGAUGCCUUUAACAUUGUUUGGUGAGAUUAAAAAAAAAACAUAAUCAAAAUUGCAGUUCUAAUAUAUGAAACUCAAUGAUAACAGCAAUCUAUGAUAUUAAUAAAUAAGAAUCUCACUGUGUCCACAACUAUACUUGGCUGGCAAGAC